GGAAACAAGGAGCUGGCUUAAGUUCAGGAAGUAGUGCAUCUGUGCAUAAAGUCAAUUGUAAAAUUAUAGAACUGUUAGAAUUUAGCAUAAAAUUUUCUAGUGACCGUAAGUUUUUUUUUUUUUUUUUUAAUUUUGAAAACCAUUCUUUAAAAUUGUGAAAGCAGUCGCUAUAAAAUGUAUUACUUGGCUAUGACUGUUAUAUGAUGGCUACUGACAAAUCUUGAGGAUUUAAAACAUAUGCUUUAGAUGAUCUAUUGCUGGUAUUCAUGAAGAGACAUAUGUUCUCAAGACAGAUAUUAACUGCAAAGACUGACAAGUAAUGUUAACGCUAUUAUGCAAACGUGCUGCAUUUUGUCUGUCAGCAAGCAGUGUGAUCUUUCAUGUACAGAUGAGAGAUGAGAGCCUACCUCCCUGGAAAAUUUUACUGGUUUUGGCAUUCAGACAGAACAUACCAUUUCAAAAUGGCAAAUCAGGAAAAAAAUACACCAUUAUAUAACGGUCGUCAAGACAGUCAUCACCAUCAAGGACACAUUAUAAUAAGGCAUUUAGUCCAUCAUCAUCAUCAUCAUCAUCAUCAUCUCCUCUCAGGGUCUUUAUCAUAGUUGUCAUCAUCAUCAUCAUCAUCAUCUCCUCUCAUCAUCAUCAUCAUCAUCAGCAGGACCAUUAUAGUCAUCAUCAUUAUCAUUAGGCUGGGUAAUCAUCCACCUGGGGUUUCUGAAACGGGCGAUAUAAAGGCCCGUUCAGACUUCAGACUCACACAUUUCUACACAUUGCAUGUGCAUGAGGACAACACUUCGUUUCACGGAAAGACUGAGCAGAAACACUGUAGCCUUGGGUUUUGUUGGAGUACCACUUUUUAUUUGUUUCUAUCAGAAUUUACGUAACAUUUGUCCACUGGCUUAGUGGAUUGCAGAACACAUAUCUAUACAGCUGCAUAAUGUAAUGCAGUGUCCUGCUGUGGUCCUGUACAGCUGACAUCAGUCUGCCCGGCUUCCCCCUGGGAGACGAGGAGAGCUCCCCCUUCAGCCGCCUCAGUAUGGAGAGUGACGCUGACGACCUCCGCGCAACCGAAAGCGAGCGUGAAGAGAGGGUUUCUGAGUCUGCCUUUCCCUCUUACCUCUCUUGCAGGGGCUGUGGUCAGCUCCUGGAAGACCCCCUGGGACCCGGCAUGGACUUGGUGGGGCCCUACUGCAUGCGCUGCUGCAAAGGGAAUGCGGAUGGUGUUGUGGACAGGAAGCUCUGUUUGGGCUUAGGCUUACAAGCGGAGUCUAGAGGGGGAGGGAAUGAGGGCGCUGGUGGCGAGGAUGGCUCCCUGAAGCUCCACUCAUGCACGCUCUGUGGUUUCACUUCACGCUACACUAACCACGUUAAGAGGCACAUGAAGACACACAAUGGCGAAAAACCAUACGGGUGUCCGCUGUGCUCCUACGCAUCGGCACAACUAGUGAACUUGCAAAGGCAUUUGCGCAUACACACCGGAGAAAAGCCCUACAAAUGCAACCACUGCACGUUUGCAUGCAGUUCCUUAGGGAAUCUGAAGAGGCACCAGCGCAUGCAUUUAGCUGUAAGCCCGGGUCAGAGUGCCACUCAGCCGGUCAGUGGCAACUGUUUAAAUCACUCUACUGUGGGUCAGAAGGAAAAGGAAGCGGCUCCUGCCCCCACUGAAGUUGUAGGUGCUGUGCAGUCUGUCUCGCGUCCCCACGUGGGAAGGGAUGGGAACUACUUGCAGACCUUUGAUGGCCUCAGGCUUGCACAGCCGUCGUCGACAGGGGCGUUGCAGUCAGGACAGGCUCCUUCUGAGCCUGCUUCCCUACCCCCCACGUUCUUCCCCUUCACUUGUCGUCUGUGUGGCAUGGCCUUGGAUGAUGAGGACGGGUCCUCGGCCCAGAUCUGCGCCAAGUGCACUCUGGAGAUGCUGACUAAGGACACAACUGGGUGCCCCGCUGAGCGAGGGGACAAGGUCUACACCUGUGCUGCCUGCCCCUUCCUCACCCACUACCCAAACCACCUGGCCCGCCACAUGAAGACCCACAGCGGAGAGAAGCCAUACAAGUGCCCGCAGUGCGAUUACGCCUCCGCCCACUUCGACAACCUCAAGCGGCACCAUCGAGUGCACACCGGCGAGAAGCCCUACAAGUGCCACCUGUGUGACUAUGCCUGCGGCAACCUGGCGAACCUCAAGAGGCACCAACGGGUGCAUUCCGGCGCCAAACCCUUUCAGUGUGCAAUCUGCAACUACAGCUGCAAUCAGAGUAUGAACCUGAAGCGGCACAUGCUGCGCCACACAGGCGAGAAGCCCCAUAAGUGCCAAGAGUGUGGGUACACCACUGGUCACUGGGACAAUUACAAACGACAUCAGAAGAAGCACAGCCUGACUACAGAUGGCUGGGUUAAAGCGCAGAUGCCUGGGAAUGAGGAAGAGGUGGAGGACGAGGAAGAGGUGUAGAUUAAAAUGGCAAGACAGUCGUCCAUAUGAGAUUUUACUGUAAUGGCAUAAGCGUUGAUAGUUGUCCUCCUUUUCUUUUGUGCCCAGAAUUAUUUGGGGAAUUGAUCAUAAGCUGCUACAUGAAGUCAAAUUCAAAGACAGUUACCUGAAUGUCCUAAUGUGGGGACUGUCCAAUCCUGCUCCUGGAAGACCAACCUUCCUGCUGACUCUAUAUAAACACACCUGAACCAGCUAAUCAAGGUCUUUAGGAUCAUUCGAAACUUCCUGACUGGUUUGGAGCCGGUUGACACCCAAACUCUGCAGGAAGGUGGUCCUCCAGAAGCAGGAUUGGACAUUCCUGAUUAAUGCCUUUGAACGAGGCAAAACGUUUGUUACUCAAAGCUCUCUAAGAGCGUUCUGAGCCUGAUUGUGGUUCAUUUAUUAGUGCCAAACACUACUGCACCACUGCCAUAGGAAGUUCUUCUUUAAGCCUGGCACAACGUUGCAUGCACUUAAGUUAACCUUGGUUGACUGUCUCGAGGUUUUAUGUAAUUGAUCAUUUUUCCAUCUUCACAGAUGAGCAUAUUGUUCUUUAUAGCAUAGUGAUCUUUAAUCAUCUUGUUUUUGCUCUCAAUAAUUCUGGGGGAUUGUGUUGCCUUUUGUUGUGUGUAUUUUAUUGUCUGUGAGAAAUGCCAUUGGUCUGAGUUUACUUGAAGCAAAAUGUUGCGUAGUGGAUUUUAGUGUCAUGCUAAACAUAGAGCUUUUAUUUUUGUAUGUGAUUUUAUUUUCUAUCUCUAAGGAAUGUUUGGCAUGUAUUUGCCACCCAUGGCAUUGUUAGCUAUACCGAAGGACGACAGUUAACGUAAACCCUAUUAUGCAGUUAAACCUUAAGGUUGCCAAGAAAUGACUGAACAUUGAAAUAUUGUAGGUGUGUGGUGCUUGAGUGUUUAUUGUUAUUAUGCAGUGGUUUCAUUAAUGCCUUAAAUAUCCUCGAAUAAAACAUUUGUGUUGAAACUUG